GCAGAGGAACCAUGACUUGGUGGGUGCAAAUCUUAAUACUCCUGGUGGCCGCCAUCCUUUCCUAUGCUGAGGAUACCUGCCCAGAUGUUAAAGUCAUUGGAGUGGGGGCUUCAGACAAGAUGACCAUUCUACGAGGGUGUCCUGGGAUCCCUGGAGUUCCAGGGCCACAAGGGCCCGCUGGACCUGCAGGAGUUAAAGGAGAGAAGGGAUUUCAAGGGAUUACGGGGAAGAUGGGACCCGCUGGGCUGAAAGGAGAAAGGGGGAUCUCUGGGCCAAAGGGGCAAAAAGGUGACAAGGGGGACCCCGGAAUCCCAGCUGCGGGAACGGCACAGAACUGUAAGGAAUGGCUCGACCAAGGAGCUUCUAUCAGCGGCUGGUACACUAUAUACACCCCCAAUGGGCUUCCUCUCUCUGUGCUCUGUGAUAUGGAAACUGAUGGAGGAGGAUGGAUAGUGUUUCAGAGGCGCAUGGAUGGCUCAGUGGAUUUUUUCCGAGACUGGAAUUCAUACAAGAGAGGGUUUGGCCGACAAGACAGUGAGUUUUGGUUGGGGAACGAUAAUCUCCAUCUCCUCACAGCAACAGGGAAUUUUCAGCUGCGGGUGGAUCUGACGGAUUUUGACAAAAAUCACACUUCUGCCUCAUACAGCAACUUCCGCAUCGCUGGGGAGUCUCGGAACUACACCCUGAGUCUGGGCACUUUCACUGGAGGAGACGCAGGUGACUCCUUGUCGGGCCACAAAAACAAAGGAUUCAGCACCAAGGACAGAGACAACGACUCUUCUCCCAGCAGCUGCGCAGAGAGGUACAAGGGAGCCUGGUGGUAUACCUCUUGCCAUGUGUCCCACCUGAACGGACUCUACCUGGGGGGAAAACACAGCAGCUCUGCCAACGGAGUUAACUGGAGAUCAGGCAGGGGGUUCAAUUACUCCUACAAGGUGUCUGAAAUGAAGUUCCGCCCCCAGUCAUAAGAAGAUGCCUGGGGAACCAAAGGAAAGAGUAAGGGCUGGCAGCCAGUGAUAGUAUAACCCACUUCCCCUUUAAUUGAGGGCAGGGAGUGCAAGUCAACCUGAGCUGCUGCUGCGCCUCUUGGAACUGGACAUUUAUUUCUCUGCUGAUAAAGUGCUGACUUUCUGUCUUGGGGCUAUUAUGGGCUAUACUUAUAUGGGGGAAAUUGCCCUGUUCUAGAAACCCAUAGCAACCGUUUGUUUUUAAAUAAGUAAUCAAUAAAUGCUCCCUGCUGAUUGGUUGGUAUAGGAGACUAGGCCUGUAGCAAAUGUUAAAUUCUACGUGUGUGUUUCCAGCCCAGUGAGUAUCAUUUAUAAACAAUCUGCUUUAGCUUUUCUCUGUUUCCAAAAUAAAAAUAAAUGUUAAUGAAAAAAAAAAUACUCACUAUACUUUUUAUGCCUUCUUAAUGCCAUAAAUUUAGCAAAUAGGCCCAUCGUAGGUGAAGUGUUAUAGUUCUAUAUUCCCUUUAAUGUCUUGUAACAUAAUGACAUAAAAGAAGGACAACUAAAAAAAAAAAAA